UCCGACUUCAGUCCCUCUCUCCCAUUUGCUUUCAGCAACAUCUUCCUUCCACACAACACAACCCAACGGAAGUAGCCUCCCUUUGGCGAGAUGAAGGGACAUUAUCAGCAUCGACUCAGCUCAAUUUCACCUCUUUAGGGUUCCUCUUCUAUUAUGAAUCCUAACUCCUCCGCUCCAUCAGUAGCUAAUCCAUCAAUACCCGUCUUAUCUUUCCUCAACCUCUGUUUUUACUUCAUCACCUAGCAUGCACAGUUCCAACAGGAACAAGUGGAAUUUAUAGUUUGAUAUUGCGGAGACCUGGCAUUGUUGGCAGUAGAGCUCAUCUGAGAUCGUUAAGUGAAGAAAACAAUGAUCUAGGUGGUGACCAAGGUGAGGUUUUAGGCCUGGAUUUGGAGUCUCUGAGAUUUUGCUGAAGCAGGGGGUCUUUAUUGGGGCAAUGCUUUGUUGUCUUUUGGUUUUCACGUGCAAGAGAGUGCUUGUGGUGGAGGGAGUGGUGAAUGCAGGGUAUGGAGUGAUUGAGCAGUGGGCAUUGUUGUUGAGGAAUGCGUGGCCUAAGGUUUCUAUGGUUCUUAAUAUUUUCAAAGAGAAAGGUGUGAUUCUGAUUGCACUUUUAUGUCUAUCUGCAUUCUUCUCAUGGCAGAGACCUUAUAACUACACUGUGGCCAUGGAAGUUUGUGGUGGUUGUGCAAUGGCAUUUGGACUUAAAUAUUGGGUUCAUGAGCUGGCUGAAAAAGAGUCUGAAGAUGGUGCAUUUCAAAUGCUUCGCAGUGAUGUAACUCGAUUUUUGUCCACCAUUCUUAUUGGCACUACGGUGGUCAAUAUUGGAGCAAUUGCUUUAGUGAUAGAUGCAACAACAGCAAUAUUUGGAGAAGUUGGUGUUAGUGCCACAACUGGAGUCAUGACUAUAGUAACCUUAGAAGAUGUGGUUGAGAUUGUUGGAGAAGUCUUUGAUGAAAAUGAUUCGAAGGAGGAGAUCCAGAAGAAAACUGGCUAUAUUGCAAUGAGAGCAGAGGGAGUAUAUGAUGUUGAUGCCAAUACCUCUAUUUAUAUUUAUUUGCUAUCUGAGGACUUGAAUAUCAAAAUGCCAGAGGAACAUCAGUGUGAGGCAGUAUCUGGUUUUGUAUGUGAAGUAUUUGGAUACAUUCCUAGGGCUGGUGAGAGCAUCAAAGUUGCCCUCAAAAGGGUUAAUCAAGAUGAUGAUGAUAAGCAUGAUGAAGAUGGAUCCGAUCAUCAAGAUGUGAAGGAAUGGCAUCAGAUAUAUAGACUUGAGAUGUUAGCUGCAAAUGCCCAAAAGGUUAGUGCUGUUCGUUUUGAGUGGACAGACAAUGGGGAAGCUAUGGCAGAGGCCAACGAAGUAACUCGAUUGAUUCCCAAAAUCAUGAAGAGGAAAGGGAACAAUGACAAAUUGGAUAACAUUACCUAUGAUGAGAACGCAUUUCGAAAGAGACAAGGGAAUUGCCUUUCUGAUUGCUAUGUAGUUGCUGAAGAUACAUAAGAUAAUGGCCAUUAGCUACAUUGCUUAUUCUGUUUUGUUUUUCUUUAGCUCCUACUUUUCCUUUCCCAUAUUCUUACUGCCCCAUGGAGAAGAAAUGGAAGGAAACCAC